CAAGCAUUGGCUUUUAUUAGAUGUUCAUAUAGAGUCAACUAUUAUAGGUUCUAUUUACCAGAUCUACAUCUAUAUUUAGGCAUAAUGUUUAUAAACAAAACAGUGAACCCAGUAUUAUUAGGAUACAUAUAUCCCUAUAUCUAUAUAGAAUGUUCUACUUCAAAAUGGAUAGAUAUAACACAUUAUAACUGAUAAACUAUCGACAAUAUCCUCCUCCUCCUCCUCCUCAUCCUCAUCAUCAUCAGUAUUAUUCUUGUUUCUACAUAGAUGUAAAUAGAUCUUUUCUUCUUUUCAUUUUCUUUUUGAGGGCGGCGGGGUUGGUGAAUGUAACUUUUUUUCUUUUCUUAAAUGGUUCCAUCAUCGAAUUGAAAAAAAAAACAAAAUGAGUAUGAUCCAACAUUUUCAUAAAAGAUCCGAUUUGAUUAGGAUCAUUCUAUCGAUUAUAAUGAUUUGGUGUAUGAUUAUGUUAAUGGAUUUAUCCAAUGGUUAUUUAUUGAUAAAAGAAGAAAAACUUUUACGGAAAUUAGUCAAUUUGAUUCAUGCCACAACAACAAAUGAUUUCAAUCUGUGUACAAUUCAUUCACGUCAAUUACAAUAUUUAUUAUAUACUACUUAUAAUACUACUACUACUACUGCUACUACUACUACUCAUUAUAAUGAUAUUCCAUUAGCAGCAGGAACAGCAGCAGAAGCGUCGUCAGCAUCAUCACCAGAAGGACCCGGAUCAUCAACAAUGAUUAAUUUAAAUGAAACAUUCUAUCCAAUAUUUCAUCAUUUAAUCGCACAAAACUCUUUAACACAAAAUUUCUUGCAUGAUAUAUAUAGAUCUAUACAGAUUAUGAGACAUUUCAAUCGUUGGCAUAGCAACAACCACUACCACGACAACCACAACCUCAACAAUCAUGAUACCAGGAAACAAUUAGAAGUCUAUUUAUUUCAUUUAUUACAAUUAAAUCAACCAAUUGAAUUUUAUAAUAUGAAAUUAUUCAAUAAUUUCAUCACUAUGAAUGAUGAUUAUGAUGAUCAAAAAUCCAAGUUAAUUGGUAUUGGUUAUUGUUUCAAUGGGAUAUUAAUGGCUUAUGUCAAUAAUUAUACUACUACUACUAAUAGUAGUAUUAGUAGUAGUAGUAGUGAUUCCUCUGAUCGUAAUUCUAUAUGUAGUCAAUUUCUAUCGAAUGUACAAUUAUUUGAUAAUAGUAAUGAGACUAUACGGUUUAAUGAUUAUGAAUAUGGAGAAUUUUCAUCCUUUUGGGCACCAAUUCAAUGUGAAUCUAAUUCAAUCAUACCAAUAGUUUUACGAUAUUUUAUUUAUACAAAAGAAAAAAGGUAA